AUGAAUUUCAAGAUCAUCGUCCUCAUCCUUCGAGUCUUCCAGGCCGCCUUUGCGGUGGUGGUCCUGGGCCUUUCGGCCUUCGUCUCCAACUGGUAUAAUACCGACACCAAGACGGCGUCUCCGGCUCAGAUCAACUUCUUGAUCUUUGCUCCUCUUUGGUCACUGCUCUCCAUCGCAUGCCUAGAAGUGGUACCCAAGUUCUUGCCGCGGUUGUCGAAUCCGUAUGCCGCCCUUGGACUCGAGGCCACUAAUGUGCUCUUCUGGUUUGCCGGGAGCGUGGGUCUGGGCGUCUUCAUGAACGGCCUGCUCUUCUGCCGCGGCGCCGUAUGCAGCGCGGCCCAGGCCGACGUCGCCUUCUCGGCCUUUUUGAUCUUUCAAUGGGCCGCGACGGCCAUUAUCCUGGCCCUCGAUGUGCUAAAGAUGGGGUUUCGCAAGCCCCGGGCCGCGGCAUCCGCUGGCCCUAUGAUGAAAGAGCCCCUGCCUUAA